CCAGAGCUUAGAAAACAAAACAACCCCUUGGCCAAACUAUAACUUCCAGAGAAACGAUCCCAAACAGCGUGUCGUAAAUCGUUUCUUGUUUAAAGCUAAGAACCAAGCAAUUUCAGUGGUUUUUGGUUAUUUUUUUCAUCAAGAUGCGCAGGGAAGAGAAGAGACGCAAGUUCAAUGAAGCUGUCCUCAACACAUUUUUCCCGCCUCCUUCCCCUCCAUCAUCACCACCAGUACACAGUCCAAAAGAUGAGGACGUGCCAUUGAGCAUUUUGCUUCAAGACUUUGAAGAAGACUUGGGGGAAAGUGGGUCUACAACGACGAGCGGUGACGAUGAUGGUAAUGGUGAAAGUGAGCCUCAGAGGCUUACAAGGGCUCAGCGGAAGAGACUCCGCAAGAAGAAGCUCAAGGACGAUGCUUCCCGCCGUAGGGAACUUAUUGGGCCCCUUUUACCUCCAACCGUCGAUCAAGGUGAAAACGAAGCUCAAGGUGUUCGACGUAAUGCCUCUGAGGAACCUGAUGCUGCUAUCGUCAAGAAACCAGGAGAUGAGCCACCUGCUUGCAGUAAUCAGAACAAGGUAAAGCAAAGGAGGAAGGCAAAGAAGCUGGCCAGGGAAAGAGAGCAAGAUUGAAGGAAGGGCAAUUAUGCACUACGAAAUUUUUCUUACUAGAAGUUUGCAUGGUGAUUGGAAAAAAUUAGCUUACAAUGUGACGAAAAUGAAUG